CAGGAACUAGAUGAAUGACGUCAGCGCGUAGACUCGACAGGCUGGCGAUGUAGACAGAAGGAAGUGAUCAGUGAUCGUUUCUCUGAUCGAUCCUCGGAGCAGUUAGCUGCUGGAGCUAACUGAGCUAGCUGCUAGAACGGAACAAAAUGGACGAUAACAAGACGGUAGCCGGUAAGGUAAAGAAACCAGGGAAACGCGGCCGUAAACCGGCGAAGAUCGACCUGAAGGCCAAACUGGAGCGCAGCCGGCAGAGCGCCAGAGAGUGUCGGGCCAGAAAGAAGCUGAGAUACCAGUACCUGGAGGAACUGGUUUCCAGUAAGGAGAGGGCCAUCUGUGCUCUGAGAGAGGAGCUGGAGAUGUACAAACAGUGGUGUUCAGCCAUGGAUCAGGGGAAGAUUCCUUCAGAGAUCAAAGCUCUGCUGACUGGAGAUGAACAGAAACUUCCUCAGAGCGGCAGCAGCACCAAGACCUCCAAGAACAGCAAGAACCACAGCAUCAGCAGCAGCACAGCCUAGAACACAGGAGGUCUUCAUCCUCUGGAGGUCUUCAUCAUCUACUGCCUUGUUUCACUGCUUCUCUCUCCUCUAAUAGUGAAUCUGGGUUGUUCCAGAUGUUUCCAGAUGUUUCCUCCUUCAGAGUUCUCUGGAUUCUCUCUGGACGCUUAAAUGAAGGAACGCUGCAGCUGAAAAUGAUCUGAACUUUAAAUGAAAUUAUGAAGCUAAGUUAAUCUGAUUUAGGUCCAAUAAACUUUAUUGAAUAUUAAAUGUGUUCAGAUGAAUGGAAACAUUCUCAAACUAAUUCUUUUAAUUAUUAAACUCUUCUUUAAUACUCUUCUUCUCCUUCAGUUCCGACUCUAGAGCGUUUAAAGUCAAAACCUCUAAAUUAAUUCCUAAUAUAAUAAUAAUAAUAAUAAUAAUAAUAAUAAUAAUAACUGUAUUUAUGUAGGAGAGCAGAUUAUUUUCAUUACAAAUCAGGAAAUUCUGUUUAAAAUGCACGUUUUUACAUGUUUUUUUAUGUAAAGCACUUUGAAACUGACUUAAAAUGUAAGAAUUCUGAACAUAUUGUGGUCAAAUAUAAUAAAAUGGUUUAGAAAGAUAAAAUCUGAAGGUGCUGCAGACAAUAGAAUACACAAAAUAAAACACCAAAAUAUUAAACAAAUGAAGUUUUUCCAACCAGAUUGAAUCCAGUGAACUCUGAUUUUAUGAAAGGGAGUCUGAAGCUUGUUUCUGAUUGGUGGUUUUCAGGUCACAUGACUAAAGGACUGUCUGUUUUAAACAUUAUAUUUUACUAUUUUCUGUUUGUUGGCUGCUUUAGAGAACCAGACUUUUUUUUCUCCCUUCUGCGGAGUUAAAAAUGAAGCUUUGGUUUCAUUUCUGACCAACAAAACUUUUCUUUCAUCAGUGGUAAAAGUUCGUGCACUUUCUUUGGUUCCUUUGAAGCACUUUGUUAGAUUGUCAAGUAAAAUUUUGUAACUUAAAACUUUUGUUUCUCGAAGCAAAUAAAAAAAAAUUUGAAUCUG